AAUGUGUUAGAACAUUAACAUCUUAUGACUUUAAGCAGGUUUCAUUUAUAGUUUAAUCAUAUAAAUAUUGAAGAGAUAGAGAUUUAGGAAGACAAGAAGCUCGGUGUCUACUCACAGUACCAUCUUCAGCAGGAAUCUGUGAUUGGUUAAAGCUUUGUCGCCCACAAUGCGUUUCACCAUCGUCUUCCUCUUUCUCUUUGUCAUUACUGUUGGCAAUGCUCUGCGCUGUAUGAGACAAGCCAAGAAAAUGAAGGCGCCACAGGAAUGUUCAAAGCUUGAAACCAAAUGUUUAACACAUGUAAUGAAAAACGAUGUCUUAAAGUAUUGUGCCAAAAGUUCAGAGUGCACAACCACUAAGGUGAUGGCUCUGCCUGCGGAGAAGGUUACGUGCUGCGACACGGACAUGUGCAAUGCCUGAGAUGAAUCUUCCAAGUGCGGUGCCAGGAUUUCCGUGUGACUUGGUUUUCCCAAACAUUGACCCCAAAUACAUGUCUGACUUCUCUCUUGACUUCUAUAAACACUCAGAUGCUCUAUUGUCCCUUAAUGUCCAUUCAAUAAACAACCCUUAACUGCAA